AUGGGGAUGGACGGGUGGCAGACGCGCGCGACGUCGGCGGCGAAGGACGAGACGUUGGUCGCCGUGCACUGCCCCGCGCCGUCGCACGAUCGAGACGCCGCGUUGGAAGCGCUCAGCGUUCGCGUCCCCGCGGGCGUCGACGAGGAGCGGUUGUAUCAUCACUGGGACGGCCCGUCCGAGUUCACGAAGACGGCGCACGGGUUGCGCGGGUGGGUCGGCGAGGACGAGAACGGGGACGCGAUAGACGAAGCGGCGGCGGAGGCGAACGCGGACGCCGCGCGGCCGCGACGGUUGGAAAAUCUGUUGACGGCGCAGAGGGAGCGCGACCACGAGUACACGCUGUACGCCACGGGCGCCGGCGGUUCCGGUUCGAUCCCCGGCCCGUCGGACUACGCGUCCGGGUUCGAAGUGCGGACGAUCCCGCACGACGACCCGCGCGUCGCGCUGCGACGAAAACACGGCGCGUUCGCGACGAGGCGCUGGGACGCGUUUGAGAUCGUCGCGCCGUACGCCGCGGUGGUGUCGACGCGGGAAGAGUUCGAGGACGCGUGCGCCGACGCGUCGUUCGACGUCGCGAACCGUCGCCGAUCGUACGCGGUCACGACGGAGACGGAGAUUCAAACCUCGCCGGGCGCCGCGCCGACGCCGCUGGUGUUUUGCGCCGCGGACGCGCGACGCGCGAACCCGAUGCGAUGCGUGAACGACCCCGCCGUCGACCCGACGCGAAAGGACGCGUCGCGGUGGGGCGCGCUCCGCGCGCACGCGUUUAAAGAGGCCAACUGCCAAAUCAUCGAGAGCGUCGAUCGAUGGGGGUGGCCGCGCCUGCGCGUGAUGACGACGCGCGAGCUGCACGUCGGCGACGAGUUUCUGAUGUCGUACGGCAGGGAGUACUGGGGGUUCGAGAAGCGAACGACGGAGGCGACGGAGACGAUGCGCGACGUGGCCGACGCGGCGGAGGCGGAGGCGCUUCGAUCCGCGGCGGCGAAGAGAGCCGCGGGGGGGUGGCGGUCCAAGUCGAAGAGCGCGAAGGCGGCGCGGUCGCCGAACGCGAUCGAGAGGGAGGACGCGCGGCGGGUGAUUCGCAAGGCGCGGGGCGAGGUCGCGUGGGACCAAGAGUGA